AUGUUUUGCAAUACACCAAUUUGGAAUCAGAUUCAAGCAUUGAUCAUAUCGUGUCUAAACCAACCGUCCAAUGAGUUUCAACCAUUGGAUAACAACGAGUGUUAUUUAAAGUGUUCAAUGAAUGACUUCAAUGUAUUUUCACGUAUAUUCAGGAUUUGGAUGAGAAAGUUAUUGAAAGUUGGAUAUAAAUCUGAUGUCGAUUUAAAAGACUAUUUACUACCACUUUGUGAUUAUAUAACUACUAAGAGAUCAUAUGAAAUAUAUGAAUCUAUAAAUGAAAAAUAUAAUCAAAAAUCAAGAUUAUUACCAGAAAUGCGUUUAUUACCAAUGAUUUGGGGGAUGGCGUGGUUGCCGUACAUCAUGUCUGCUGUCUUAAGAUUAUUAACACAUAGCAAUAACUAUGCAAAUCUAGUCUAUUAUAAAGUUCAAUCGGCACUUACCUGUGCUUUAUAUAACAAAGUGUUUAAACUUAGUCCCGGCUCUCGCAGAGUAUACACAACUGGUGAGAUCAAUAACUUAUUAGGUGGUGAUGUGACAGAGAUUUGCAGAUAUUUUUAUGCAUUGACUAAUUUAUAUGCAAUACCAAUAAGUUUUCUAAUUGCUAUUUAUCUAUUGUGGCAACAAUUGGGUCCGUCAUCGAUGACACUCAUUGCUAUUAUGCUAUUUGUCGGUCCAUUUACAACAUAUGUCGUGAAAAAUAUGAGUAAUAUUCAUAAAGAAAAGAUGUCAUUGAAAGACAAACGAAUGGCACAAAUCAGUGAAAUGUUAAAUAAUAUUAAAUUAUUGAAACUAUUUGGUUGGGAAAAGCCAUUCAUUGAGAGAGUUAGUAAAGUCCGGAGACAGGAGUUAUGGAAAUUAGUUUAUUUAAAUGUUUGGAACUGUAUUAUGUAUAUCACAUUUAAUUCACUUCCUAUGAUUAUCGCUGGCCUAACCUUUACAGUCUAUACAUUAGCAUCGGGACAGACAUUAAGUGCAAAAAGUGCUUUUGUAACUCUCUCUGUAUAUAAUCUAUUGAGAAACCCAUUGUCUGUGUUUCCAAGAAGUAUAACGUCUUCGAUCAGAACUAUUGUUUCAUUCAGAAGAAUCAGAAAGUUUUUGAGUUCUGAAGAAUUGGAUACUUCUAAUGAAUUUUAUGAUAAUUGUAUUAAUAGUAAUAAUGACAAACAAUUUGUGGUUUCAUUAAAUAACAGUUCAUUUGGUUGGAAUAGAGAUGACGAACCCAUUCUUAAAGAUAUUCAAAUUAAUAUUAAAAAGGGAUCAUUGGUUGCAAUUGUUGGGAGAGUUGGAGCAGGAAAGUCAUCACUACUAUCAGCACUGAUGGGUGAUAUGUAUUGUAUGAGUGGUAAUCAACCAAAAAUGAAUGGAACCGUUGCUUAUGUGCCACAAACGGCAUGGAUUCAAAACAUGACUUUAAGAGAUAAUAUAGUUUUUGUCUCUGAAUAUGAAUCGACAAAAUAUGAGAGAGUAGUUACUGCCUGUGCUCUCAAAACAGAUUUUGAUUUAUUACCGGCGCGUGAUUUGUCUGAAAUCGGAGAAAAGGGAAUCAAUUUAAGUGGCGGACAAAAACAUAGAGUGAGUUUAGCCCGAGCUGUAUAUCAGGACACAGAUGUGUAUCUAUUGGACGACCCAUUGGCUGCUGUGGACGCACACGUGGCUCAACACUUAUUCCAACACGUGAUCGGACCAAAAGGAUUGUUGAGACGAAAAACUCGACUUUUGGCUACACAUAACAUACACUUUCUCAAAGAUACUGAUUAUAUAAUAGUUGUGAGCGACGGACGUAUUCUGGAUUCCGGAACUUAUGAAGAGUUGUCCGAUAGAGAAAUGCUUUCUGAAGAGAUCUUUAAAACUAAUGACAGUGUUGACAAUAAAUCACUUUCAACUGAAGAUCGAUUGUCACGAAUGGGUUCUUCGGAUCUCAAGAGAAGAGUAUCCCGACAGACAUCUAUUUUAAGUAAUAUUUCUGAAUUUGGUGGCAGUUAUUGGCUAACAAUAUGGACUUCACAUAACACAACACAACUAAACACAUCAAUCUCUGAUAAUACCUAUUAUCUGUCCAUUUAUUUUGUUAUUUUAUUGAUGAACACACUAUUAAUAAGUUGUGCACAAUUAACAAUAACAAUAUGUCGUUAUAAGGCUUCAACUGUUUUCCAUAGAGAUCUGUUAUAUAGUGUAUUGAGAACUCCGUUAUCCUUCUUCGACACCACACCUUUGGGUCGAAUUCUUAAUCGGUUUAACAACGACUUCGAUAUGAUUGACAUCGAUAUACCCUAUUGUUUGCAAGAAUUUCUUAUUGAAUUUCUAUAUUUAUUAAUGACAAUUGCUUUUUUGAUUUAUGUUUACAUAUAUCGAUUAUUUUUGUGGACAUCGCGACAAUUGACUCGUUUGACUUCAAUCACCCGAUCGCCGAUUUAUAGUCAUUUCAAUGAAUGCAUUUCAGGUGCCGUUUCCAUACGUGUCUAUCGCGUCCAACAAAUGUUUACCGAAAAACUGCAAAAACUAAUUGAUCUCAACAUUAAUGUUGAGAGACACGAGUUGUCAUCAAUUAUGUGGGUUGAAAUUUGGGUCACAAUUAUCGGUAUUCUGAUUACAUUUUUUACAUCAAUAAUAAUUGUUUUUAAAAAAGAGGACAUAAAUCCAAAUUUGGCUGCUUUUGUAUUGAUGUAUGCGUUUGAUAUCAUUAAUCACAUCACUUGGGUUUUAAGGAUAACAGCAGAAUUAGAAACAGAAAUGGUUUCCAUUGAAAGAGUCAGAGAAUAUUCACAAUUGAAUAGUGAAAGUGAAUGGGAAUCAAGUGAUAGUUACAAACCUAUUAAUAAUUGGCCCACAAAUGCAUGGAUUGAAUUCGUAGACUAUUCGACUUCGUAUAGACCAGAGUUGGAACCGGUGCUCAAAAAUAUCAAUUUUCGAGUUGAGUCGGGAGAGAAAGUAGGAAUAGUUGGCCGAACCGGUGCCGGAAAAUCAUCGAUAACUUUGGCACUAUUUAGAAUAAUUGAACCGAAAACCGGUCAAAUUAUAAUUGAUGGCAUUGAUAUCACACAAAUAGGAUUACAUGAUUUGCGAUCUAAACUAACAAUUAUACCACAAGAACCCAAUCUAUUUGCUGGAACUCUUAGACUUAAUUUGGAUCCAUUAGAUGAMUAUUCAGACCAACAAUUGUGGACAGCAUUGGAAAGGUCGCACUUGAAGGACUAUAUAUCGCAAUCAAGUGAUGGUUUAUUGUAUGAGAUAGAAGAAGGCGGUAAUAACUUGAGUGCCGGUCAGAGACAACUCGUAUGUCUGGCCAGAGCUCUGUUACGUAACACUCGUAUCCUAAUCCUCGACGAAGCGACCGCUGCCUGCGAUCUGGAGACCGAUCUAUUGAUUCAAUCGACWAUUAAGGAAGAGUUCAGYGAUUCAACAGUACUGACAAUCGCUCAUCGAUUGAAUACAGUAUUGGAUUACAAUAAGAUUAUAGUAUUGGAUAACGGGAUGAUUAAGGAAAUGGAUUCACCAGACAAUCUGCUCCGGGAUUCCGGUUCUAUAUUUUAUAGUUUAGCCAAAGAAUUUGGAAUUGUUUGA